AUGGCUGAGAAAAGCAUCUACAUAUCCGAAAUGGCUAAAACCAAAGAAUCGGAAGCUGUUGGGACGGGAGCUGUUCUCCCUCUUGAUGUUGACGGCGACCAGAAUAGUGACAAAAAUGCCUGGCUUGGAUCGACUCAGCAACAUCCCUUCAGUUUGCCUGAGAAUGCUCGAUACUGGCAAAAUGUUUAUGAGACGGCCAAAUAUGAGGGUCGACAUAGGUUUGAUCCAGCAUAUCAAUGGAGUGCGAGCGAAGAGAAGCAACUUGUACGAAAGCUCAAUUGGCGCAUCAUGGCCUGGGUGUGGAUCAUGUUCGCCUCACUCGACCUUGUUCGACGGAACAUCAAUCGUGCAAUUUCAGACAAUAUGCUUGCUGAAUUGAAUAUGAACACGAAUGAUUUCAACAGCGGUCAAACAAUCUAUCUCGCAUCUUUUCUGGCGGCCGAGCUCCCAGGAGGUCUUUUGAGCAAGAAAAUUGGCCCUGAUGUUAUGACUCCGAUUUCAAUCUGUAUUUGGGGAGUCAUCUGCGCUUGCCAGGCUGCGAUCAAAAAUCGCACCGGCUUUUUCAUCACAAGAGCUUUGCUGGGUUUCUCUCAAGGUGGGUUUAUUCCAGAAAUGGUUCUCUACCUUUCCUACUUUUAUAAGUCCAACGAGCUGCCUAUUCGGCUAUCGAUCUUUUGGACCGCGAUUCCCUUGACCCAAAUCAUUGGUUCUUUACUGGCGGCUGGACUUCUGAAGAUGCGUGGAGUCAACGACUGGUCAGGCUGGCAGUGGCUGCUUUUGAUCGAAGGUCUGAUGAGUGUGCUUGUUGGACUAGCCACGUUCUUCUUGAUGCCGGCUAGUGUCACCGAAACUCAUAAGAUCUUCCGCGGUCGAGCAGCCUGGCUGCAUUCCAAAACUGGAUGGUUCACGGAGAGAGAAGAGAAGAUUGGGGUCAAUCGAAUUCUGCGUGAUGAUCCUUCCAAAGGAGACAUGAACAAUCGGCAACAUGUUGACCUCAAAGGGAUCUGGCACGCAGUCAGAGACUAUGAUCUUUGGCCUACUUACAUUCUCGGAGUCAUGGCGUUCAUCCCCUUUCAGCCAGCUGCGAAUUAUCUCUCUCUGACGCUACGCAAUCUCGGAUACAGUGUGUUCGAGGCAAAUAUGCUGGCAAUUCCAGGUUACUUUCUGUUUUUUGUAAAUAUCCUUGUGGUUGUGUGGAUGAGCGAAAGAUAUCGCGAACGCCUUAUUUUCAGCUCUCUCAGCAACUGGUGGGUGUUGCCGUUCCUGAUCGGCCUGCUAGCUAUACCGGCAACAGCUAGUCCUUGGGUACGCUAUGCACUGCUCACCGGUGUUAAUGGCGAGCCUUAUGCGCAUGCGAUCCUCGUGGGGAUGAUAUCUCGAAACUCUAAUAGCGUCGGAACCAGAGCUGUCUCAGCAGCAGUCUACAACAUCUGCUAUCAAAUAGGUUCCAUCGUGGCUGUAAAUAUCUAUCGAAACGACGAUAAACCUUAUUAUUACCGUGGAAACAAGAUCCUUGUGGGCAUCACCUCAGCCAACAUUGUGCUAUUCUACCUGGCCAAGUGGUACUACAUCAGACGAAACCAGCAGAAAGACAGGCAAUGGAAGGCCCUGAGUGAUUUCGAGCAAGCUAACUACCUGUCGACAACCAAGGAUACUGGUACCAAGCGACUAAAUGUUCGUUUUGCGCAUUGA